AUGUCAUCCGAUUCUGUUGUCUACCACUACCUCGCCAUCGGCAAGCUUGGCCGUGGUGAAGUCGUCAAGCUGUUCAUGACCGACGCUGGUAUCAAGUUCGAAGAGAACCUGUACCCCGUUGAUGGCACUUGGCCCGAGAAGAAGGAGGAGCUGAAGAAGAAGGGCCUGACCCGCAACGGCCAAUUGCCAUCUCUUGAGUACAAGGGUCGUGUUCUAACUGGCCACGUCCCUAUCCUUCGUUACCUUUCUCGUGAACUCGGCCAAUACGACGGCGAGACUAGUGAGGAUAAGUAUCUCGUGGAUCUAGCCUCGGAUAUCUACGUCGAUUGGAGAGCGCGCUGGGUGACCAACCUCAAGGGCCCCAACGACGAAUACAAGACUAAGCAGGCUCCUGAGUACUAUGAGCUUAUUGGGAAGUACUACGCCGACCGCGAAGGACCAUACCUUCUUGGAAACGAGAUCAGCUACGCAGACUUUGCUGUCUACAUGUCCAUCGAUAACGACAAACGAACUGGAACACUCCCGGAUACGCUCCCUGAGUCUCUUAACAAGUUGAAGGAGGCCUUCGAAGCCCGUUCCAACAUUGCGGAGUACAUCAAGCAGGGCUAG